AUUUCCUGGUUCGCCGGCGGCCAUUUUGGGUGGAAGCGAUAACUGAGUGGCGGCGGCUGCUGAUUGUGUUCUAAGGGGACGAAGUGGGGAAAGACGUUUGCUCUCCCGGAGCAGCCUAUCUCAUUCCUGUCCUUCGAUUACCCGUGGCGCGGAUAGUCAGGGCGGCGGCUGCAGCAAGGGCGGCGGUGGCGGCGGCGGCGGCGGCAGCUGCAGUGACAUGUCCAGCAUGAAUCCCGAAUAUGAUUAUUUAUUCAAGUUACUUCUGAUUGGUGACUCUGGAGUUGGAAAGUCUUGCCUCCUCCUUAGGUUUGCAGAUGAUACAUAUACGGAAAGCUACAUCAGCACAAUUGGUGUGGAUUUCAAAAUAAGAACUAUAGAGUUAGAUGGGAAAACAAUCAAGCUUCAAAUAUGGGACACAGCAGGCCAAGAAAGAUUUCGAACAAUCACCUCCAGUUAUUACAGAGGAGCCCACGGCAUUAUAGUUGUAUACGAUGUGACAGAUCAGGAGUCCUUCAAUAAUGUUAAACAGUGGCUGCAGGAAAUAGAUCGUUAUGCCAGCGAAAACGUCAACAAGUUGUUAGUAGGGAACAAAUGUGAUCUGACCACAAAGAAAGUAGUAGACUACACAACAGCAAAGGAAUUUGCUGAUUCCCUUGGAAUUCCAUUUUUGGAAACCAGUGCUAAGAAUGCAACUAAUGUAGAACAGUCUUUCAUGACAAUGGCAGCUGAGAUUAAAAAGCGAAUGGGUCCUGGAGCAACAGCUGGCGGUGCAGAGAAGUCCAAUGUUAAAAUUCAGAGCACUCCGGUGAAGCAGUCAGGUGGAGGUUGCUGCUAAAAUUUGCCUCCGUCCUUUUCUCACAGCAAUGAAUUUGCAAUCUGAACCCAAGUGAAAAAAAAAACAAAAUUGCCUGAAUUGUACUGUAUGUAGCUGCACUACAACAGAUUCUUACCGUCUCCACAAAGGUCAGAGAUUGUAAAUGGUCAAUACUGACUUUUUUUUUAUUCCCUUGACUCAAGACAGCUAACUUCAUUUUCAGAACUGUUUUAAACCUUUGUGUGCUGGUUUAUAAAAUAAUGUGUGUAAUCCUUGUUGCUUUCCUGAUGCCAGACUGUUUCCUGUGGUUGGUUAGAAUAUAUUUUGUUUAGGUGUUUCUAUUGGCAUGUUUAGAUGUCAGGUUUAGUCUUCUGAAGAUGAAGUUCAGCCAUUUUGUAUCAAACAGCACAACCAGUGUCUGUCACUUUCCAUGCAUAAAGUUUAGUGAGAUGUUAUAUGUAAGAUCUGAUUUGCUAGUUCUUCCUUGUAGAGUUAUAAAUGGAAAGACUACACUAUCUGAUUAAUAGUUUCUUCAUACUCUGCAUAUAAUUUGUGGCUGCAGAAUAUUGUAAUUUGUUGCACACUAUGUAACAAAACAACUGAAGAUAUGUUUAAUAAAUAUUGUACUUACUGGAAGUAAUAUCAAACUG